AUGUCGAGCCAUCCAAUUUCCAAUCCAUCCAUCCGGAGAGCCAGAGAUUUGAGCCACAGGCAAGCUGCAGCGGCACUGCUUGAGAAGCUCAAGGAAUCGGAGCCUGACCUCGAAGUGAGACAUGUGCGGCUCUGGGAUGAAACUCUGCAGAUGGACUAUCGAUUGGAACACGUGCGCGCCAAGAUGGCCAUGUUGGCCGGCCAGGCCUCUGCGGAAGAGGUCUCCUCGUUUGGCCACCUGGAAAGGCUCUGCGCAGAGCUGGUUUAA